AUGGAACAAGUUACGGGUAACAACGGGAAUCGGGCCCCGGGGGACAUUCGACCUCCAAGUGGUGGCCCCAACGGCCAGGAGGCUAACGGCCCAGCUCAACUGCCGGCGCGUCCACCACUGACUCGAAUUGAUUCGCGAUCAUCUAUUAUACCACCGUCGCCUAGAUCAGGAGCUCCAUCUCAGUUUCAACAAAGGCCGCAAUUUCAACCGGGUGGACCGGUUACUAGUCCUACACAGUUUGCACCUCGUUCCGGAAAUCCAAUAACAAGAGGAUCAACUCCGUCCGCUGCACCAGGGUCUCCACAAAUUCGAUCCCAAGUUCCUCAGACACGUCCCUUAGGACCUCAAACACAAGGUCCAAGACCACUACAGUCUCCUACGACUACUCACCCACCGCAAAGAGGUCCUGCACCAAGUAACCUUCAGUUCGGUCCAAGACAGCCUCCUCAGUUUGGGAGCGCAACAACGCCUGACGGUUUGAAAUCUCAGCUGCCUUCACAAUUUGACGGUACAUCUAAAAACGGUGCUACAAUACCGGGACAAGUACCUGGGCAAACUCCAAGGCAAGCAUCCCAAGGCUCUUUAAAAGGCCUUGAUUCGAUUAGUACAAACCUAACUAAAACAGCCAACCUGGAUAACCAAAAUACAAGUAAUGACAAUCAAAAUGCUAGUAAACCCGAGUUUACCGUCGAGGCGCAAGGAAUGGCAAAAGGCAGAAGUUACAGCAUUUCUGCAGCCCCUGGCACACCAAGCCCGCUUAAGAUAGAUGAAGACAGACGAAAAUCUAUUAGUGCUGUGGGCGGUAAGAUCGAUGAAUUUGCAAUCCGUAGCCCAGGGCUUGGGUUAAUUCAAGAGUCAAAAGACAGUAAAGAUAAUGUUCGUGACUCUAAAGAAAGCGUUAGAUCUGAGGCGUCUAAUGAUGGAAACAAGGACAAUGUCGACCGUCCAGAAUCGCGUUUGUCUGGGUCUAAAAUGACUGAAUCUUUUAUGGGGUCUUUGAGCAAUUUAGUGUCGAAAAAGAAAGUAGACGAUAACGACGACGUUGUAUUGCAAAACAAUGUGCAUACUUUGAAAAAUGAAAGUGCCCAAAAUCAGAACAAAACUGAUCUAUCCGAUCGCUCCCCAUCUUUAACUAGAAGUGAUGAUUCCCCAGAACCGAAAAACGUUUCACAGAGUUCAGUGAUAAUGAAUAAGCCACAAAGUGUUACACCAGAACCCCAGCGCCCAAAAACUCCAAAAGCUGAUGUAAAGCCUGAAAUUAAGGUGGAAGUAACAAAAGAUGAGAAAAUUUCAGAGCCAUCUGUUAAAACACCUACUAAAUCUCCGAUACCAGAAACUAAACCAAUGUCAGUUACUAAAAAACCAACUGAAUUGAAUACAUCCACUACCUCUACAGAUUCUAAAAAGUCGACACCAAGAAAAGUAAUAUCAGCACCGAAAUCACGUCCUAAAGAUGGAGACAAUGACAGUGGUGUGGAUGAAUCGACUCAGGGAAAUGAUGUCAACGGCUCACCCGGAUCUCCAAACAAAAAAUUGCCGAGCAAAUUGCCUACUAAGGAGAAAUCGAGCAAUAGUAUUAAAACCAGCCUUUCCAGAUCUUCCAGUAAGAGUGCGACAGCGAAAACACCUGAAAAUCCUCUACCUUCGGAGAAAAAAAAGGUGCCAAUGAACAAGAUUCAAGUAGGCAAUGCACCUUCGCCCAACAUAAAGGCAGUGAAGUCGAAGAUUGGAUCCUUGGAAAAUACUACUUAUAAACCAGGCGGUGGAAAAGUUAAGAUAGAGAAUAGGAAACUCGAAUUUAAUGCUGCUCCUAAAAUUGCCGCGAAAAAUGAAGCCUAUACACCGAGUGGUGGUGCAAAGAAGAUAAUUACCACGAAGCUGGAAUGGAACGCAAAGUCUAAAGUGGGCUCUCUACAGAAUACUGCUUAUAAGCCGGGUGGUGGGGAUAAGAAGAUAGAAACUGUUAAGCUAGAUUUCAAAGAUAAAGCAAAACCAAAAAUUGGAUCUACGGCAAAUAUUACUCACAAGCCCGGAGGUGGUGCUGUAAAGAUUGAAAAUCAAAAAUUGGAAUUCAAAGCUCAAAGCAAGGUUGGUUCUCUAGACAACGUAAAAUAUAAACCAGGAGGAGGUGAUAUUAAGAUAUUUGACGACAAAGAAUACAUCAAGCACGUGACCGGUCAGUCGCCACUGCCCAACAGCCACAAUCAGUCCCGACAGGAGAGUCCGGUACCGCCGUCAGCACCUCCGAAGUCAGAUGAGAAUUUAAACCAACAGUCCUGUUAA